AUGAAUUCAGCACCAUCUAUUGUUUCAUUCAUAAAGAUAAAAAGAUAUGAAAAAAACACACAAUUUCUGUCAGACAUUACCAUGAAUCAAAAUGAUCAUCAUGAAAACAGAGAAAGAUUGCUCGUGUUGAUAGUGCUCAGAGGAAAAAGGAAUAAAACAUUAAAAUUAAGUGUAAUUGAUAGAUGCAAAACAUUUUCAUAUGCUUCUUCUAUGCAAGGAAGCAUCAUGCAAUUUUACCUGAAGUUGAUUUUAACACCAAACAAGUUUUUCACUGGUCGAUCAAGAGAAAUUAUGUAG